AUGGGGACUUUCCUGAAAAGAACACUUGACUUGAAGGCCUCUGGAAAGUCAUUCUGCCCUCUUAAUAAGCCCAAGGAGCUGAUUUUGACCUACGAAGUCCCCAUGAUUGUGGGGUUGUGGACAAAAACCUUCUUCAUGCGAAAACAUACUGCGGUCCGGGGCAAACCUCAGAACCUUAGGGAUUCCCAAGAACUUUUACUCAGCCACAAUGCGGAAAAUCGUAACGAUGGGGAUGAAGAAAUGCGGGACAAAGAAGACUAG